UGACAACAUGGCGGACUCAAAGAUCCUUAAAACUGUCCGGCUCAUACAAAUACAGUUAAAAUCUGUCAACCAUGCCGACGAACGAAAGAUCCUUACACUCCUUCAUGAGCUUCACAAGAUGCCCAUAUCCAUUGACAUUUUACAGAAAACUGGAAUUGGCAAACUUGUCAAUGGUUUCAGGAAAAUCGGAGGCAGAGUAGGAGAUUAUGCAAAGAACUUAGUGCUGAAAUGGAAACAGUUACUCACUUCAAUGGAAACUGUAACAUACUCAGAAACAACAGGACAUACUGAAAUUUAUUGCCAUGAACGCAGAGAUGAGGAGACUGAUGCUGGAUAUAGUCAUCAUGGUGAUGACAUCGAUGAAAGUGUGGAAACUAAAAACUUCAAAAAUAAGAAACAUAAAAAGCAAGUCCAUGAUGUUGAGCAUAGUAGCACAAACCGGAAUGAAGAGUUCAUGGAAAAGAAAAAGGAAAAAAGGAAAGAGAAAAAAAGAGAGGACAAGUCGGCCUCACAAUCAAAAUAUGCAAUUACAGAAACGGAACAUGAUAGUAAACCUAAAGUGCCAGAGAAAAAAGUCAAUGUUAAAAAGAAAACCCCAAAAAAGGUUCAAGUUGAAGAAGUGUCUUUUGAGUCAACAGGGUUGUCAUUUGCUGACUGUUUAAAUUUAGAUGCAGUGGCUCCAAAAAAAAUUAAAAAGGACAAAAUUUCUUCUUCUUCUCGGGUAACAGCAGAUAUUGGACACAAAAUGAGAACUUCGGAAAUGCCAAAAGUGGAACACCAGGAGAAGAAAAAAGAGAAACAUAAAGACAAGCAUAGAGAACGAAAACAUAAGCAUGGACAUAAAUCUGAAAGAAAAGAUGAAGAAAGACAUAAAGAAAAACACAAGAAAGUGAAAGAUGGUCAUGAGAAAAAGAGAAAACUAGAACCUGUCUCUGAUGAAAUGUCAAGUAAAAAGACUCCAGUCCCUCCAGAGGUGGAUUUACCAAGUAUUAAUGCAGAUUAUAAACCUCUUAGAUUGCCUCAAAUGGAGGAUCUCCCAAAAAGAAAAUCAGCCUCCUUCGAUGAAGCAGCUUUGACUGCUCUGAGUGUCACAUCUCGACAGUCCAGAACUAAAGUGUUUUCAGGAAGAGCUCGUGAGCAGACAUUUUCAGCUGUUCCAUCACUCUAUGAUUCUUGUAUGAGAAUACUAUGUGAAAAUAUUGAUGCACUUGAAGAUGUCGGUGGAGUACCGUUUGACAUUCUUGAACCAGUCUUGAAAAAAUGUAAUGCAGAGCAGUUAUUUAGAUUAGAAGACUUCAAUCCACAUUUUCUUGAAGACACUAAUGAUUUAUGGCAAAUACAUUGUAUUAGGGAAUUCAAGUUGUGCAAACCGAAUGAGUUUGAGUCAUGGAGAGAAUUAUAUUUACGUAAGGUAGAUGAACGACAAGCUAAGUUAGAUAAGAUUACUGCCAAUAUCUCAGCUCAGAUGGCUCACAAGAAACCAGAGAGACAAGUGAAAAUGGCUUUCAUGAGUGGACCUGCCAAACCACCCAGAGAAGUACUUCGCAAGCAAGUGAAAUUAGGAACUGCUGGUCCUAUAUCACAGCAUAAAAGUCCAAGCAAACCACAUCGUUCUAAUACCAUCACUAUCAACCAUUCUAGACCAAGCAGUUCCUCAUCAAGUUCUUAUUCCCAGAGUGGUAGUUCCUCUUACAGUGGAGGCUCAUCAGGAAGCUCUUAUUCUCACAGUGGGGGUGGUGAUGCUCCUAGUAAUAGCAGACCAGUCAAAACUGUCAAAGUUGUGGCUCCAAUGAUGAUGAAGUCACUGAAAAUGAUGAAAAGAUUCAGAAGAUAAAAGUCAGCUUAUUAAUAUUCCAGUCUUAUUUUAAUGUUUAUUUUAUUUCAAAAACUUUUAUUUUUCCAACCAGCAAUAAUGUCCUUCGCACAUGUUCUUGUUACACUUACAUCAUCAAUAUGGAUCUCAGAGAACAGUUUUUGACUGGAUGACGUAAUUGAAGACAUUCUUUCUUGCUAUUAAUCUGAUUUAAAUCAGAAGUAGCUACAUUGUAGAGGCCAUAAUCACUUUUAAUAUACAAUCACUGGUUUUAUAGCCUUUGCUGUACAUACCUCUUAACUACAUCUCACCAACUAUCUACGCAAAUCACAUUCAAGUCUUGCCAGAUCAGCAGCCAAUCAAAUAUUGUGUUACAGAGUACUUACUAGAGUAGCAUAACCUUUUUAGUAAGGUGUGUUCAUAUUGACUAAUACAGUAAGGGGAGUGCUUCAGAAUGUCUGAUGUAUUUAGAAGCAGGCCUACACCAGCAGCCAUAAACUGGUGUUACAAAAUAUGAGCAACCAGAGCCUUAACCUAUAUACAGUGCUCAGUGGUGUGCAUGUGUAAGGCUUGGAUCAAUUGUUUAGGCAGUUUUCAGUAAUUCCAUAAUUGAUGUAUGUUGACUGCUUGGACAAAUUCAGAAAUACUUGUGAUAUUCACAAAAAGUUAUGAAAUUGAAGUUAUUUUUCAUCCUCCAUUAAAUCUGAAUCAGUCAGUUUUCCAUACUG